CAUCGAUAGGGACCCGAGUCGUGUUGAGUCCGUUUACGUGAGCGGUCGUGGAUUCGCUUUCAGCACACGGCUUAUCACAUAUUUUUUGUGAAGAAAAAAUAUAUAAAAAAUAAAAAAAAAUAUUAAAAACACAAAAACGUAACAAAAAAAAUUGUAAAAAGUAGCAAAAAAUUCGAGCAAGUGUUUGAAAAGUAGACCUGAUCACCACCAAAUAUGGCUUCUCUAUACGUCGGUGAUCUCCAGCAGGACGUCACCGAAGCGGGACUCUUUGAGAAGUUCUCGACUGCUGGUCCAGUCCUGUCCAUUCGUGUCUGCCGCGAUGUGAUUACCCGUCGCUCGUUGGGCUAUGCCUACGUCAACUUCCAGCAGCCAGCCGAUGCUGAGCGUGCUUUGGACACCAUGAACUUCGACCUGGUCCGCAACAAGCCCAUUCGCAUUAUGUGGUCCCAGCGCGAUCCCUCACUUCGCCGCUCCGGCGUUGGUAAUGUGUUCAUCAAGAACCUCGACAAGGCCAUCGACAACAAGGCAAUCUACGACACUUUCUCCGCCUUCGGAAACAUCCUCAGCUGCAAGGUGGCCACCGAUGAGAAGGGCAACUCCAAGGGCUAUGGCUUCGUUCACUUCGAGACCGAGGAGGCCGCCAACACGUCCAUCGACAAGGUCAACGGCAUGUUGCUCAACGGCAAGAAGGUCUACGUGGGCAAAUUCAUUCCCCGCAAGGAGCGCGAGAAGGAGCUGGGCGAGAAGGCCAAGCUCUUCACCAACGUGUACGUCAAGAACUUCACCGAGGAGUUUGACGACGAGAAGCUGAAGGAGUUCUUUGAGCCAUACGGCAAGAUCACCAGCUACAAGGUUAUGUCCAAGGAGGACGGCAAGAGCAAGGGCUUCGGAUUCGUGGCCUUUGAGACCACAGAGGCUGCCGAGGCGGCCGUCCAGGCCCUCAAUGGCAAGGAUAUGGGCGAGGGCAAGUCCCUGUACGUGGCCCGUGCCCAGAAGAAGGCCGAGCGCCAACAGGAGCUGAAGCGCAAGUUCGAGGAGCUCAAGAAGAAGCGUCACGAGUCCGUGUUCGGCGUCAACUUGUACGUGAAGAACCUCGAUGACACCAUCGAUGACGAGCGCCUGCGCAAGGAGUUCUCCCUGUACGGCACCAUCACAUCGGCCAAGGUUAUGACCGAUGAGGAGGGUCGCUCCAAGGGCUUCGGUUUCGUGUGCUUCAUUUCGCCCAACGAGGCCACUUGCGCCGUCACCGAGUUGAACGGCCGCGUCGUCGGCAGCAAGCCCCUGUACGUGGCUUUGGCCCAGAGGAAGGAGGAGCGCAAGGCUCACCUCGCCUCGCAGUACAUGCGUCACAUGACCGGCAUGCGCAUGCAGCAGCUGGGACAGAUCUUCCAGCCCAACACGGGCGGCGGCUUCUUUGUGCCGACCUUACCGCCAAGCCAGCGGUUCUUCGGUCCCCAGGUGGCAACCCAGAUGAGAAACACACCGCGCUGGGCGCCACAAGUGCGUCCCGCCGCCACGGUCCAGAGCGUUCAGGCCGGAGCUGCCGCCGCAGCUGGUGGCUUCCAGGGCACAGCCGGAGCAGUGCCCACCCAGUUCCGCUCGGCUGCUGCCGGAGCACGCGGUGCCCAGCCCCAGCCCGUGCAGGGCGCUCACGCCUCUGCCGCUGCGGCCAACAACAUGCGCAACACCGGAGCUCGCGCCAUCACCGGUCAGCAGACUGCUGCCCCGAACAUGCAGAUACCCGGAGCCCAGAUUGCUGGCGGUGCCCAGCAGCGCGCCUCCAACUACAAGUACACCUCCAACAUGCGCAAUCCCCCAGUGCAGCAGUUGCAGCAGACCCAGCCCAUCCCGCAGCAGUUGCAAGGAAAGAACUCCGAGAAGCUCAUCGCCUCGCUGCUGGCCAACGCCAAGCCGCAGGAGCAGAAACAGAUCCUCGGCGAGCGUCUGUACCCGAUGAUUGAGCGCAUGCACGCCGCUCUGGCUGGCAAGAUCACCGGCAUGUUGCUGGAGAUCGAGAACUCCGAACUGCUGCACAUGAUUGAGGAUCAGGAGGCCCUCAAGGCCAAGGUGGAGGAGGCUGUGGCCGUGCUCCAGGUGCACCGCGUCUCUGAGCCCGCUAACUAAGCUCGAAAACAGCUAAAGCGGAAGAAAAUUUUACAAGAACACUCGACACCCAAAAAUUUUCCUCUUAACUUUCAAUUCAUUAACAACAAUUCGCAUUCAACGAUGCCUAGUGCAUAGAAGGAACGCCAAGAAGGACACACAUUCAACACAGAAGAACGAAGCGUAAAAACUCCGGCUUUUUUCUUUUCUAAUCCCAGAAACAUCAUCAGCAAAAACAAUUUCAAUCAUUUAAUUUCGAACGCAUUUACGCAAGUACACGAAGCAAAAAGAAGAAAGUCAAGAAAAAGCAAUUCUGCAGUAGAUUCAAGAAUUCCUUUUUUUUACAUCAACAAGUUAAUGGAAAGAAAAAAAAAUGGAAAAAUGUGAAUUGAAAAAUAUUUUUUUUGUCAUUGCUUGAACUGAGUCAAUAUUAUUUUGUAUGCGUAUGAAGAAGAAAAAUUAAAAACCUAUGCAAAAUAAACAGAUAAAGCAUAAAUGUAGAAAGCUUCUUGCAAUAAUUGAAAUUGUGUUUUACAAAACGUCGACAAGUUUCUAGAGUUACAAACAGAUUGAGUUUUUCGUACACUUUUUCCUCCCCACACUUUCAAACAACAACACACGAAAGCGAAAUGUAAUUUUUUUCAAUUCUUUUUUUCUCAAAUUCAAACUUUAAGAAAGCUUUGUUUAGAAAAAGAAACGCGACAACCAUACACUUUUAAAAAAGCAAAGAAAACAAAACAAAAAAAUUGCAAAAAAGUUAAAAUAAAAACGAAAAAAUGUAAAGCAAACUGUGCAGAACAGAAGAGAAAGGAAAAAGAAAACCGCAAGAAUAUGAGAGUCAAGUUUUUGCUACUUUGAAAAAAGAAAGAAAAUACAAAAAACCAACAGCAGAGAAAAUAUGUUGAAAAAAUGAAAACAAAACAAAAUGAAAAAACCUACAAAAAAAUUGCAAAAUUUAUGUAAAAACAGCAAAAAAAGAAAAUAUAUAUAAACACACAUCCACACACACAUAUUAAACAACAACAACAACAACAACAUAUAUGAGAAAUACAAGAAACACAUGAAAAGCGCUAAAGCGUGAAAAACUUAUGAAAGCAUAUUAAUGAAAAAGGGCGAGACAGCCCAAGGGCAAGUAAAGCAAGCAUGAUUU